UCUAGACUCGACUUCGCCAAAAACGGUAUUCAAUCUGAAAACGCUGUAGGAUAGAUAAGAAGUAGAAAAAUCGAAUGCUAUGCUUCAAACAUUGUAACGAAAGGUGCCACGGACAUUGCCAAUUGAAAGGUGCUAAAAUGAAAGAGAAGUUAAGUAAGGACCGCGGGAGUAAAACAUAAAAAAAUUAAUGGACAGAAACAUGAUAAAAAAACAACGCCAAGACAAUUUAGAAAUGUGUCGAAUGUUUUCCGAGAACAAAGCUUUAUAUGGCGGUCGUCGGGCUAAUUCCUUAUCAGGGACGCCUUAUUAUGAGAAAGAGCAAAUUUUACGUCGCGGGAAACGAUCAGCGGACUACAAGAGUAACGCAGGAGAACAGGAAGACGCAAGAAGAGUGGAGAGCAUUGUGGAUAGACUGUAUGAUGAUAUGGAUGGAAAUGGAGGGAGAGUUGAGUAUAGGAGGAGGAAUUUGGACCCGCCUAUUACGAUAACGACCACUGUUGAGGUGCCUCUCAACCAGUCUGGUAGGCGAUUUCCUUUCGCCCCAGCGAUUCUAUUAGACCCUGAAGAUGCGGGGCCGGGCUCAAAGACCCCAGAUUUGAAUGUGAAAACCGUUGAAGUACCAUGGCAUAAGAAAUGGAUAAACGGAAUUGUGCCGUUUUUCAUCGACCCCAAUACUUACGACUCUACACUUGCUCUUAAGAUAACAAAAGCGUUCGACUACUUCGAAAGAGCCACAUGUAUCCGCCUUCAGCGACUAAAGGACAAGCCGACCGACAAAAAGUCACUGAAAGAAGUAGAAUGGCUAUACAUCACCAACCCCCUGGGUAUAAGGCAGUGUGUGCAUAGCAACGCGGUUAAAGUAAAUAAGGGAGUACAGAUGGUCGUAUUCGGUUACGAUUGCCUCUCAUUGGGUGAGAUCGUCCACGAAGUGAUGCACAUCCUGGGCUUCUCUCAUGAACACGCGCGACCUGAUAGAGAUCAGCAUAUAACUGUGUUAUGGAACAAUAUUAAACCAGGUUAUAAACAUUAUUUUGAUAUAAAAUCAAUUGGCACUCUCGUAAAUUUGCCGUAUGACUACUCCAGUAUUUUACAUUACCCACCAAAAGCGUUUUCAAGAAAUGGACAAUAUACCAUACUAGCUGAUAAAAAUGUUGGAUCCAAACUAGGCCAACGCAAAGGAUUAAGUGAGCUGGAUAUUGAAAAAGUCACCAUGAUAUAUGGAAAUGAAUGCGUCGAUCGUAACCGGAAAUAUCUUCUGCAAACUUGCCCAAGCGUGGUCAAACCGGCUCCUACCAACAAACAACAAAUGACUAAGAACGACAUUGAGGAUUACUUCAAAGAUAGACUUUGGCCUUAUGGCGUGGUGACUUACAAAAUAAGAGAUGAUGUUGAAUUCAGUGCUGAAGAAUUGGAAAAUAUUAAAGCAGUGUUUCGUCAUAUACAAAAAGAAACUUGCAUUGAAUUUCAAGAUUCUAAUCAAUCAAAUGAAGCCGAAGGUAAUGACAAAUUCAAUGAUGAUAAUAAUAAAAAAGUUGAAGAUGACCAAAAUAAAAACGACCAAACUGAGGGUGCCAAAAAUGAAAAUGUGCAAAACGAAGGCUAUAAAAAUGAAAAUAUAAAAUCUGGCGAUAAUAACCCUGAAAUAAAUAAGAAUGAAGAUGACAAUAAUGUUGGCAAUAAUGAAGUUGAUUUGAUCGCAAAUGAAAUGAUCACUGUAUCUACGAAUUCUCUCAAUGAAACGCGUCAAAAAUUAGUAGGUAAAGGUGUUAAUGGUUAUAUGCCAAUAAAUGCGAUAAGUCGAAAGAGUGGGGAAGACAAAACCAUACCAGAAAGACGGAAUCUGAAUACAGAAUUCAACAGAAAAACUGGGCGUGGCAAGUCAGAAGUCAAACUGAAACGAGUGCGUCGCUCUGUCAAAGGAUUCAAAUCCGGUCGUCGCCACGCUGACAAUAUCUUAAUCCUCACGCGAUCUACCGAGCCUGGUUGUAAAUGUCCGGAGCCUGGAAAACAAGAAGGCAUUAGGGAAAUAAAGAUAAAUGCAGAUUGUUUCAACUCAGUGAACGAUUUGCUGCACUUGUUCGUCCAUAUACUGGGCUUAGACCACCAGCACAACAUGCAUGAUCGAGAUGAAUACCUUAAGAUUGAUUGGGAUAAUCUUACACCAGAUAUGAAAGAGGAAUUACAGAAUAAAUUACCACCAGCUGCUUCAGUAGGAUUUCCUUACGACUACUUAAGCGUGAUGCAUUAUCCCUGGUUGCAAAUUAAAGAUGGCGUCGCUAAUAUUAUGUAUCCGGUCUGGAAUGACGGUUGGGCUAUGGGUCACUGGCAAGGUUUAAGUUCGACCGAUGUACAGAAAUUAAAUCUAUUAUAUUUCCAGCAAUGUGUGCAAAGGAAGAACCUACAGCGAGAAUCAUAAAAAUUAUUGUAUCCUAUCUAUGUGCAAUAAAAUGGCAUUCAACAUUUACAAAUACUUCCCGAAUUUCC